AUGAGAGAAAUGUUGAUGAGGCAAAUAAAUAAACAACGAAAAAUACAAGCAAAACCAUCGACAGGUGAGAAAGUGGAUAAUUUGAUAAAAUCAAUAGACGAAGACAAACGAGAAGAAGUAAAGAAAAAAAUAUUAUUUGGAGAAAUUAUAUCGAACAAUUUAAGAGAUGGAUUUAAAGUUUUAAGAAAGAAAGAAAAACGAGAGUUUAGCGAUAUAGUCAUGAGGGACAAAGACCGUUUCAAGAAGCACAAGGUUUUAGUCAAAAGUCUUAACAAGAAAAGAAUCACUAAAGAGGCAAAUGGAACUGCUAUAUUGGAAAGCUUGUGCUGUGAUAUACACAAUGAAGAAUGCUUAAAUCGAACAUGUGAGGUAUGUCGAAACAGAGUAGUUAACUAUGAAGAAUUUAACAAUGAAGAGCAAAUAAACUAUUAUCAGUGGUGCGCACAAAAGGAACCUAAAAUGUGA